UCUGCCUCGGAGAGACUGAGCAGAGGCGGGAAAUGGCGCCUGGUAACACAACGAUGUGUCAUUUCGGAGACGGCCCUUGAGUAGAUAUAUAACAGAAAAGAAAGUCGGAUCAGAUCACGAAAACAACCGCUGCCUCUGUUGUGAUGGUUAAUCGCUCUUGAGUCGUUAUCUCCAGAUACUGCGGGCCACCGUAAACCUUACAUGUGACUGCUAAAACAAUGAGGCUGAGAAUGCGUAAGGCGUCUCAGCAACCGAACCCCACUCUGGCAAGCCGCCCAUCUCGUACCAAGCGGAGGCAUUCAGAAGUAGAAGAGGACCCUCCUCCCACGGGUGGGAGGGGCUUGUUCUCGACCAUCAAGAAGUUCAUCAGAGGAAAUGCUGUCAAGGUGCAGCAGGAGAGCCCAGCCAAGAAGACACGCCUCCACUGUGAUGUGGACAACAACCUGAUCACCUCCACCCCAACAAACACCAACAACCCCCGCAAGACUAUCAGCAGGGUCGGAAGGAGAGGCUCCCUCAAUGGACAGGCAACCAAUCAUGACAGGAGUAAGGAGAAGCCCAAUGGCAGUCUGGAGGAGACGACGGCCGUUGAGGUGCCCACCAGCCCUCCCAGAACCACCCUUCUCGGGACCAUCUUCUCCCCUGUUUUCAACUUCUUCUCACCAGCUAAAAAUGCCUCUUCUGGCUCAGACUCUCCUGACCAGGCAUUGGAGGCGGAGGAGAUAGUCAAGCAGUUGGACAUGGAGCAGCCUGUAGAGAUGCCCACCAGCACAGUCACAUCCACACAAGAAGUGUGUGCCACCACUAACUUCUACUCUAGUGUAUCACAGCUGCCACCUCUGCGACCUCCGCACAUCCCCGAGGUAUCUCCCACAGCCGUGGAGGGAGAACUUGAUGCUGAUGCUGACCUUCCACCCCUCACAGCUCCAGGCUCCAGUCCAGAUAUGGCCUAUGUGGACUCUCCUCCUACCGCAGUACCACCAGAGGCAUCAUAUGAGGAAGACUGGGAAGUGUUUGACCCGUAUUUCUUCAUCAAGCACGUCCCUCCACUGACAGAAGAGCAGCUCACUCGUAAGCCAGCGUUGCCGUUGAAGACACGCAGCACGCCUGAAUUUUCCCUGGUCCUAGACCUGGAUGAAACAUUGGUUCACUGCAGUUUAAAUGAGCUGGAGGAUGCUGCACUUACCUUCCCUGUCCUCUUUCAAGAUGUCAUUUAUCAGGUGUAUGUGCGCCUGAGGCCGUUCUUUAGAGAGUUUCUGGAACGCAUGUCUCAAAUCUAUGAGAUCAUUCUUUUCACAGCCUCUAAAAAGGUGUAUGCGGACAAACUCCUCAACAUCUUGGAUCCUAAAAAGCAGCUAGUGAGACACAGGUUGUUUCGUGAGCAUUGUGUCUGUGUCCAGGGAAACUACAUCAAGGACCUCAACAUCUUGGGCAGAGAUCUGUCAAAGACCAUCAUCAUCGACAAUUCACCACAAGCCUUUGCGUAUCAGUUGUCCAAUGGGAUUCCCAUAGAGAGCUGGUUCAUGGAUAAGAAUGACAAUGAGCUGCUGAAGCUGGUGCCCUUCCUGGAGAAGUUGGUUGAGAUGAACGAGGAUGUGCGGCCGCACGUUCGGGAGAGGUUCCGACUUCACGACCUGUUGCCCCCCGAUUGAACUCAACCACCGUCUCAGAAUGGGACAACAUGAAAAGACUGAAAACAACAUGCGUGUAAAAAGCCCCUCUUUGGAUUACAAACUACAACAUUGCCAUAACUGUUAAAAUUUUAGCCUUUUCUUUUUUUUUUUCUUCUUUUGGUUAAAUUUUUGUUUUUAAAUCCACCGUUGCUUUUUAAAAAAAAAAAAAAAACUUCAAAAGAAACAUUUUUAAAUAUCUGGGUGAAAUUUUCUAAAUAUUAAUGUAUAGAUGAAAUUACACACACACUAUGAACACGCCCAGGUAGACUCCUCUUUUUGACUGUGGAGCUGGAUAUUGUCUCCAUUCUUAAUCCUGAAGUCUUGGUGCUGGUUUAGUGGAUGUGAAAACGCCACCCGGUAAAGAGGAACUCCACCCUGACAGAGUCCCUGAACCCAAACCAACCCCUGGUGCUCACGCUGUUGACACUGACGAAUAACGACACUCUGUGGCUACAGACCAUUUUCAGCAGGAAUGACUGGCCUGUAAAUCAAUCUGUGCAUGUGUGUAUGUUUACUCCUAGCCACACACACACACACACACACACUCACUUAUUUGGUGUUUGGCAAACCUACAAUGUGUAGCCUUUAAAAUCAUAUGCAUUCCUCCGUAGCUAAGUCAAGUUUCUAUUGUUGGUUGCAGUUUAUUUCUGGUAAAACUGGUGUUUCAUUGUUUUAAAAAAAAAAAAAAAAAGUAAAAAAAGAUAGCGUUUCAAAAUGUUUUACUUCUGUUUGUAAGAUAUGAUAUUUUAAAAGGGGUCAUGUAAGUUUUAUUGUAAGCCUUUUUCCUUUGGGUGCAUAUUAAUGCUGACAGUCCACUGCAUAGUUGAAUGAAAUGGAAUUAAUCCAGGACAAUUAAGGAUAGUUUGUUCUUGUUCUAACAAAUAGAGGUUUAAAUCAAUAUGUUGGCUUCACUGUGGAUACAACAAGGCUCUUUAAUUAAAUGUUAGGAUUAAGAAUCUUCUUACCUGUAAAUCUGACAUAUUGUAAAGGUUUGAGGGCAUUCAUUUUCAAAGUGAGACGUGUCAACGUUAACCUUUCUUUAAUAAUGGUAUUGAUUUGUCAUUUGUCUAUAACCAGUAUUGUCUUUUACUCCUAAUCAAGUAUUCUGGCUAAAUCCGAGCUCUGUUUCUUUUAGUUGUAAUGUGUAAUUUGAUGGCUAUGUCAGUAGCAUCAUGACUAAUGUAGCACAUCCCUGCCAGUGUGUCAUGAAGUCUACUCAUGGUAGAAACCUAUGGCCAGACCCUGUACCAGCCAUAUCUGGCACCAGCAACAUACUGUUUUAACAGUCAGCCUUACUGACUGCUCCUCUGUCUGUUUUCAUACUUUUUAAUUUGUACUUUUAAGCUUUAGAUUUUUUUGUUUUUAUGUUUAGCGCAGUUUGAAGCUUUGUGUUUAAGAAUGGUAACUAUAUGAAUGUGUAUCUGCCUGACUUCAGCCUGGACACUCAAGCCAAACUGACAUUUUACUCCUCUGUUUCAAAAAUUUAUUUAACAGUGAGACAAAACAGUAGGCAGAGAUGUAGAUGUUGCACUGGCAUCCUUACGAGCCUGAACCUGAGACAUAAAGCUCAAGUCAGCCUGUCAGUCGUACAAGCCUGUCUUCUGUCAUAGCCCCCCACCCCCAAGAGUUAACUUGAAUCUCUGUGAAAAUUUGGCAUGCAUUGUUGAAGUUCUUGCUCAGUUUUAAAUCAAAGUGCAUUUUAUGUCAAAGCAAAUGUGAGUGUUUGGAUUUGUCUAGGUUGCCUGUACAGUGCCAUACGAUUCCUCUCCUCACAAGCCCCCACCACCAGCCCUCUGUCCCCUGUGGUAUUUCCUGUGCUUCCCCCCGCGCUUAGAUGGAAAGAGACAAUCAGACCUCAAAGCUCUGCAGAUACUGAAACCUAGAGACACCCACCCCUCCCCCCUUUUUGUUUUUCAGUGUGCCGUAUGUGUUGUGUACUGUGAUUCCAUUGAGUUGUACUCCUACCAUGAGUACAUUUGCCAGGUGAAUCCUGCUGUGCUCUGCCCAAACAAUCCCUGCUGCUCACUCAACGCAGGUUCUGUUGAAAGAUGGUUCCCAUCUGCUCAGCGCCCGCCUGCCUUUGCCUUUUCUUUUUUGUUUUUCCACCACAAGUUAGUAGCUCUCCAGAAAUUAGAAUUAGUUUGUAUUCAAGUAACAGUUACAGGGCACAAUGGUGUUUACUCAAACGUAAUGUUGUGAGUGCACAUGUCCAGACUAUGAAUGUAAAUUGUACAUGGGGUGAAGUCUCAUGUGUCUUUCCGAAUUCCUUGUUGCGUUCUCUCCUCAUCAACUCGAAAAAUUCAAUGAGGAGGGAUGGCACCUCCAUAUCUGCCAUUCACAUGUUGAAGAGGAGGCAAGAACAGUGUGCAUGGAAGAGGAAACAUGUCUUGAGGUCCCACCAUGGUAGUCCCCUCCCUUCCCCCCUCCCCCAUGACCUCUCGCCAUCCUGACUGCCAGCUUUUAGUAUGCAAGCCUCACCUUGAGAGUGCGAUGUAGCCCAGGUGUGCUCGUCUCCUCAGUGUGAUCAUGUAUAAUUAUCAGUCGUGGCUUGUUUCUGAAGGAUAGGUGGGAGGCAUUUGAUACUUUUCAUCCAGCUCAUUUUUAUGUGCAUUACCAGUUUAUUGUACAAUACAGUGUUGUACAAUACAUGCAGCUUCAUGUUUAAAAAAUCCUUAAAGUAAGGAAUCUUUUUGUAUUUUUGAUUUCAAAAGGCAUGUCAUAUCUACUUUUUAAAUGUAUUAAUGAAGAUUUUAACUUGACUUCAGAUGGAGUGUUUUUUUUUGUUUUGUUUUUUUUCUUACAAAUAUCUGUAUGUUUAGUUUAGCGCAAUGUUACUGAACUGUUAAACUUAGCAUGUAGAGAAUACAGCUUGCUUUGUGGGAAGGUCCUGAAUUAAAUUUUAAUCAUGGCACUUUUUCUGCAUAAAAGAGCAAUUGUGUUAAUGAUUUUAUUUUUUUCAAUAUCCGUUAAGCCAUUUUACUUGCAAGAAUUGCUAUUUGUGCUGAAGAUGUAUUUAAAAAUGUUUUAAGACAUCUUUGUUAGCCUUCAGGCUAUAUGCUAUUGUAAAGUGUAUAUACAGUUACAUUGAAUUUCUGAAACAAAGUUUUAAAGUUAAAAA